AUGGCAGUGGCCCCACUUGGCCUGUCAUGGACGCUCUCCGAUGCCAUAAGACCUGGCAAAGACCAGGCGACUGCUCCAGCGGCCUCGUCCGUCGAUACUGAAGAGUCCGUGACGACAGUAGGUGUGACAGGGCUGCCGGCUUGGCUUGAGGAUACAGCCUUCGAAAGAUACCUGGCAGAGCGCGUGCAAGGCAAUCUGCAGAACUUUGGCCUGAUUCAGGGCCGAGUGGCGGUCCAGUUUCAGGCUACGGAGCCAGAUGUUGAUAGUCCUUCGGAAUCCUACGACGAGAUGCCUCAUCAAGGUGUCCGCUUCAGCAUGCAAUUGGAUUCCAGCAGCCAGUGGCCAGUCGUGAGGUCCAUCAAUGUGGACUGCAGGAUCCAAGAAGCCGGUUCUUUCAUAAACUUGGGUAUCAGCACCAGCACAACAGUCUCCGACUGGGCCGAGGACGUGUGGUCAGCUCGCCGGCACUGGGAGCAGAGGCUGUUGUCCGGGCUAUCUAAUUACGUACGGAGGCGAGAGAAGGAAGAGGCUCCUGACGACACAUCCGUGACGUCCUCUGUCUGGAACUUCGCGUCCGAAGGGGCCAGCCCCAAGCGCCAGUCUAUCGCAGACUCUGAGGAAUCGGUGUGGAGGCUAUACGGGCCAGAGGCUUUGGGUCAGCUGCUGUCAGAGCUAAUCCUAAAUUCUGCCGCGAAGAUCGCGGCCAAGUUCCUGGAAGGUACAAUGCUGGAUGUGCUGGCGACCCUGCCUUUCUGGCCGGUUGGCCCCUUGAACUUCGAGGAGCACUUUCCACCAUUGUCAAAGCAAGACAUGUAUGUCGACUCAGACAAGCAAUUAUGCCCCGACCUGUUCUUGAGAUUGGCGGCAGUGGUGUGGAAAGCAGCCUCUCAGGGCAUGCAAACGUUGGAGCUUGCGCUCUGGGAGCUACGACAGCGCGGCAUGCCUUUGGUGAAACUAGCACUGCACACGCCGGUGCUAUAUAAGUCUGGCGGGAGGCAUCGAAGUCUGUCGGGCCCUCUGCUGAUGUUCGUCGUAGAUCAGAUGAACAAAAGAGAGUUCGCCACAGACUUGGUGCAUUCUGUGAUAGCAAGCUCUGCAGAUCCCAAUGCCGAGUAUGUCCUCUUCCCAACUGGCAAGCAGAAGGCAAUUGGAAGGUUCCCUCUCCUGUGUCUUGCGGGGAAUCGGCAAGCCCACAACCUGGCUGAAGCUCUGCUACGUCACGGGGCAGAUGUCAAUUGGGAAAUCACGCUAAACUAUUUCCCUCAUGGUGGCCAUGCCUUGUGGAGCGCAGUUUGGGGGAGCGACUAUGGCAUGAUCCGGCUACUGCUCAGCUUCGGCGAAGCCGAUGUGAAUGUACGUGCCUGGCAUCCAGAUGCUCCGCCUUUGACAGGGCAGGCGAGACACUUGCAGCUUCUGUCAUUGGCGUCCACUGCCUUGGAUUCAGAACAUGUGCACCUCUUGCUCGAGUGUAAAGCUGACUUUCAGGAGGAGCUGUCGCCUACCUUUGCUGCCUGUCAUGCUGAAGUGACUCGAUUAUUGGCAAGCCACGUAGCCUAUAGCCAUCCCCAGGCAAUUGUGCACAGGUGUGAUGAACUGCAGGGGACCUGUGGCGUCUGGAUCGACUGGGUGUUUCAAGAAAUAUCGGGUGACAUCACUUCCAAGCGGCUAUUUCGCUCUGCGUUGUCAGCUGCCAGUGCCGAUUUGGACUUGCACAGGUCUUUCAUGGCAUUGUUAUGUGACUUAAUCCAGCGCCUGCCGACCGCUGCGGCGGAACUGCUCGACAAGAUCUGCCUGCAGAGCCCUCACGUUCAGGAACCGGGCCGACAUCCGUUGAGAACGAGAUGCCUCUUCCAGGCACAUGAGCUGCACACGGCUUACCUUGCAGAGACCAAAUGGGCACCCGGCGGCACUAAGUUUCAAAACGCACUGGCGCCGCCUGCACGCCAAGCUGGAGAAAGGUAUUGCGGGCUUUUUCCAACUAUGCGGCAAGUGGAGUUCUGCGACAUACAACUAGUCGGCAUUCCAGGCCUUGUUGACGAGCGUGUUCUACUGUCGCUUCAGACGUUGCCAUGGGAAACGCUCGUGAAGCUGCUCACAGGGAGCAUCGUCUUCCAAGCUUUGGUGGAACACAUGUGGAGAGCUGGCAUGCGAAAGACACACUACAUGCAGGCAGCAACAUCGGUGAUUCAAUUCUGUUGUUUGCUGAUCUGGUGGCAAAGGACCGAGACUGGUGUAAUGGCCUGGUGCUGGGCAGUAUUUGCCGGAUCUGUGGGCUUCCAGCUGUCGAACAUCCUGCUUCUAGUUCACCGGCGCAAGGUCCCUUUGCUUCGGCGUGUCAUCCACACUGGUAUGGGCGUACAUUUGGUGGCUUCCGGCUGGUUGGCGUGGGAUGAGACCCCACGAGAUGAUUACAAGUCAUCCAUGGCCGUCAACGUAGUCGCGGUUGUUGUAUCCAUUGUAUACAACUGUCGUGUGCUGCAGCCGUUUGGCAUUCGAGUCGGCCAGAGUCUCUUGCCAAUCCUGAACUCUGUUGGCAGGCGUGAAUUCGCAGCGAUGGCGAUGCUAAUGUUCGUUACUCUGUUUGCCACGCUCUUGUAUGUGUGCAUCGAGUUCGACACAGACGCAGAAGGCUUUGCUUCAGCGGCUUUCCAGACAUGGCAAACACUCAUCGUGGGUGAGCCAACGCUGGUCAAUGCCAAUGACAGCAAUACAAACGUGAUCAGGUACCUGGCGGUGUCUUUGUGUUUCUUUGCCUGCAACACCGUGCUCAUGAACAUUCUCAUAAAUGUGACUGGCUCUGUGUAUCUCCAAGAGACGGCAAACGCCGUGGGCAGCAUGCAGGCAGAGAGGCUUCGCAUUUGCGUAGAGGCUGUGGCAGGAGCUCACUUUACUCGGUGCGCAGUUUUCGUAGAAUUUCUUGCAGGAUGGGGACUCUGGCUUCUCCUAAUUCUCGCAACUUCGAGCAUAUGGAAUGCAUUGAACAUAUUGAUUGCUAUGGCUUGUUGGCUUGUUGGCUUCUGCUCGCAGUGGCAUGUGGCACGGCGAGCAGUUGCUGCCAUGGACAACUUCGAAUCAUCGUCUCAUGCGUUGGAGCCUGGGGCUUUGCGGCAGCAAGACGAUGACAACCUCUACGAGAAAUCUGCAGGGAGAGAAUCUCUCAUGAUCGCUAUGCAGCGGGAAGAGGAACUGCUGGACGAUGAUCAAACGGGUCUGUUCGUUCUCCGUCCGGACAGCCUGGCUUGGGAUGAGGAGAUCUUCCAGGACGUCAAGAAGGGUCAAACGCACCUGGUCUACGCUGCGGCUGCCUAUCUUCGAAUUGUCCAUGGGCUCCUGGCCCUCCCGCCGCACCCUUCCUGCCGGCGGCAGAUGCUGGAUGACCUGAGACAACCGGAGUACUUGGCCAAGCUGCUCGCCCUGGUCUCGGGGCUUCCCAGCCUUGCUUGCCAUGUGGCCGCGAAGUUCCUCAAGGUGAUGUCAAGCGCAUUGACAGCGGCUGCCGAUGAUGGAGCGUGA